CCGCGGCAUGAGUUUGGCCGCCAUUUUGCAUCAGACCUAUUGAAAAGAGUGAGAUAGCAGACACGGCGGGAUUUGGCCACUUUAUCCUCUUUCAGUACAUUUCCCUCUGGAUUUAUCCCAACAUAAUCCAAGAUAUUAACUGACAGUGUUUCUGCAUCUCUCUACUUCCGUGGUGAUGAAGACAGCCAGCAGGCUCCAGAUCGCUCAACUUUGACCCAGUUUUGGAUUAAUUUGGCCCCUUACAUCUGCACAGGUCCCGGAGACAUGGCCACGGAACAUAUAAAUGGAAAUGGUACCGAUGAACCCGUGGAGUCUCAAGCGGCUGUUACCCAUUCAGAGCACUUCCAGACGCUACUAGACGCCGGCUUACCUAGAAAAGUUGCAGUCAAACUAGAUGAGAUUUACAUAGCAGGACUCGUGUCUCACAGCGAUCUCGAUGAUCGAGCGAUUGAAGCUCUGAAAGAGUUCAAUGAAGAGGGUGCGCUGCAAGUUCUCCUGCAGUUUAAAGACAGCGACCUGUCACAUGUUCAGAAUAAAAGUGCCUUCCUCUGUGGAGUGAUGAAGACGUACAGGCAGAGGGAGAAACAGGGGACCAAAGUGUCAGACUCCACUAAAGGACCAGAUGAGGCCAAAAUCAAAGCUUUGCUCGAGAGAACUGGCUAUACGCUUGAUGUGACGACAGGUCAGCGCAAGUAUGGCGGUCCUCCUCCAGGGUCGACCCAUGCUGGAGUUCAGCCCACCGUCGGCACAGAGAUUUUUGUAGGAAAGAUCCCCCGAGAUCUCUUUGAAGAUGAGCUAGUCCCUCUGUUUGAGAAAGCUGGACCCAUAUGGGAUCUGCGUCUGAUGAUGGACCCGCUCAGCGGGCUGAACCGAGGAUACGCCUUCGUCACCUUCUGCACUAAAGAGGCCGCUCAGCAAGCCGUCAAACUCUGUAACAACAAUGAAAUUCGCCCUGGGAAACACAUCGGUGUGUGCAUCUCUGUUGCCAACAAUCGUCUUUUUGUGGGGUCCAUCCCCAAGAGCAAAACUAAGGAGCAGAUUGUGGAGGAGUUUGCCAAAGUUACUGAGGGCUUGAACGACGUCAUCUUAUAUCAUCAGCCUGAUGACAAAAAGAAGAAUCGCGGCUUCUGCUUCCUAGAGUACGAGGAUCAUAAAACGGCAGCCCAGGCGCGGCGCAGAUUAAUGAGCGGCAAAGUGAAGGUUUGGGGGAAUGUGGUGACGGUAGAAUGGGCUGAUCCCAUAGAAGACCCCGAUCCUGAGGUCAUGGCUAAGGUCAAAGUCCUCUUUGUAAGAAACCUGGCGAGCACAGUAACGGAAGAGCUUCUCGAGAAGUCGUUCUGUCAGUUUGGCAAACUGGAAAGGGUUAAAAAGCUGAAAGACUACGCCUUCAUCCACUUUGAAGAGAGAGAUAGCGCUGUUAAGGCUCUAGCUGAAAUGCACGGGAAGGAUUUGGAAGGGGAACAAAUUGAAAUCGUCUUUGCAAAGCCGCCUGAUCAGAAGAGGAAAGAGCGAAAGGCCCAGAGACAAGCUGCUAAAACUCAAAUGUAUGAUGAGUAUUAUUACUACGGGCCGCCGCAUAUGCAUCCCCCGACGAGAGCAAGAGGACGCGGCGCUAGAGGAGGUUAUUCGUAUCCCCACGACUAUUACAGCUAUGAAGAUUAUUACGAUUACUACGGCUAUGACUAUCACAACUACAGAGGCGGUUACGACGACCCCUACUACGGCUACGAUGACUUUCAAGCUCACGUCAGAGGAAGAGGCAGCAGAGGAGCCCGCGGCCCCACACUGUCCAGAGGCCGCGGCUCCACCGGCACCAGAGGACGGGCCGGUUUCUCUCAGCGCGUGGGUCCGGGGUCCAGCCGAGGCGGCCGAGGGUCCAGAGGAGGCAUCCAGCAGAGAUGUCGAGUGGCACCUUGUGGACGAAAUGGACCAAAGGUUUGCACUUAUCUUUCAUUCAUGGAAAUUCAAUUCACAGCACUUACGUGAACUGAUUUAUUUUAGACUGCUGCAUAUGCAAAAUGUCUUCAUCGAGAAGAACUCGUGUAGUGCGAGCUGUACUUAGGUCUGAGUGACAAAGCUUAAAUACGUGUAUUUCAUGUUUGAUUAAAUUUUAAAAUUGGUUAAAACCAUUUUAGAGAGACAAAAUCAUUGACCAAAAUGGUGACAUCUAAUUAGCGCUGCUUCCUUGUUUUGACUGUCAGUGUCUAUUUCAUGCACAAAACAUGGAUAAACUACAACAGGUAAACAUGUUAGCUUGAAAAUGCAUUGAAAAUGAAGAUUUGUAAUUUGUCAACCACCUUCUUUUAGUCUGUGCUUUUUUCAGCACACCAUUUUCCAACACUGUUUAAAUAUUUCAACAAUAAAAUGGAGUAAAAAAUAUUGUUAAAAACUGCAAUUUAAGUACAAUUUAAAUGUUUGUAUACAACUUUUUGAGUUCUUGAUUGUUAAAUGAUUCAACUUUGUUUUUGGUUUUCAGCUACUUUAAUAUCAGUUUUUGUAAUAAAUAAACUUUUGGUGCCUCAGUAGAAUUUGCUUAGAUGUGCUUCACUAAUCAAAAGAACUAUUUUAGCAAAUUAGAUUCUCCAAAUGCAGAAUUGAGUAAAAACAGUAAACAAUCUAAAAACUUGCAUGUUUUUAUUACAUGAACUCAGACAAAAGGACAAAUAUUAAAUCAUCAUGUAAACAUACCAGUAAAAAUAAUGAGUGGGGGGAAAAAUGGGAAGGAAUUGCUCAGAAAUUGCCAGUAAAUUUCACAAAUAAUUACUAAAAACAGCAAGUAACACUGACUUAUGUGUUAAUUAAGUAGAAGGACUAAAAUAGUAUUUUCUUGUAAAACGUACUCCAUUAGUAUGUUUUAUUUCAUUAAAAAGAUUGUCCAAAUAUUUUGCUUUAAAUAAUGUUGCAUUUAUUAUGCAUUUAAAUCUGCUAAUUUGAAAUGGUUUAAAUUAAUCACAGAAAUAAAAGUAUUAAACACUAAUGCUUAAUUUUUUGUUAGUAAAGUUUAAAAUAGAGGAUUUUAAAACACCUGUAUUAACACUCUCAUUUGCUGAAGACAAGGGAGGAUCAUAAAACUAGUCUAAAGAUAGGCUCAUUAGCAACUUAAUAGGCAAAAUAAAUACUUUAAUUGUGAAUGUAACAGGUGCACUUUAGCAACGUCAGUCCUGCACCUGGACGUGUUCAUGCUACUCAUUGUGCCGCUCAUUGGCACUUAUGUCUUCAUAUUUCUUUGAAACCAUUCUCAUUUUGUGAUGACUUGGAUAACUGGAUUUUCACCAUCUCCUGUGCUUUUGUUGUGAAGGUCCUGCAUGAGCUUGAUUAUGUAGCGCUGCUUAUGUUUGUGUGAAUAAAGCAUGCAUAUUUUUUUUCUUC